AUGUACAAUGAUCAAAUGUUUGAAGAAGAAAUUGAUAGCGAGGACAAUUUUCUACCUGAAUUUGAAAAUACCUAUGAUUUUGAUAAAUAUUACAGUUUAAAUACUGAUAAUUUAGAUAAUAACAAUUCGGAUAUUGAUGAUGAUAACUUAGAUGUUAAUAAUUUAAGCAAAGACGAUAAUUUAAACGAAAAUAAUAAUAAUCUUACU